CCACAGCUGUUCCUCAACGCCAAGUGCAACAUGAUCCGGGACAAGCAGGUCCUGGAGAAGCGGCUCAUCCGCGAGGAACUGGCGGAGGAGGAGAAACGCGUCCACAGGAUGGUGGAGAUGGAGAAGGAAAAGGGCAUCUGGAUCCAGGAGGAGCUGGAGCGCCGCAGGAAGGAGGACCUGCUAAGAGCCCGUCAGGAGAUCGUGAAGCAGAUGGAGCAGAGGGCGGAGGAGCGGGCGCUCAGGGCAGAGCAGAAGUACCAGGAGGGCCUGAGGGACCUGGAGCGCCUGGAGCAGAUGAGGAGGGAGGAUCAGCAGGCCUGGGAGAGGAAGCAGGAGCGCCAGAGGCAGAUCAAUGCCGAGAUCAAAGAGGCCAACGACGAGACCAGGAGGAUCAAGGAGCGGCGGCGGGAGCAGGAGAGGCUGGAGGACGAGAAGGUGCUGCAGUACCAGAGGGAGAAGAUGGAGCGCGAGGCCGCCGCGGAGGCGGAGAAGGAGCGGAUCCGCCUGGAGAAGGAGCUGGAGCUGGCCCGGCUCAGGGCCACCCAACAGCGGGACCAGGACUGGCAGGCGGAGAGGGAUGCCCUGAGGGCCAGGAGGAACCAGGAGGCCGCGGACCGGGAAUGGCGACGGAAAGAGCUGGAGAAGGCCCGGAAGAAGGCAGAGACGGAGCAGCAGCUCAAGCGGGACCGGCAGGAGCAGGUGGCCCACCGGGAACACAGACUGGCCGUGCAGCUGGAGCAGGAACGCCAGGAAUUCCAGAGGCUGCUCCGGGUGCAGCAGGAGCAGCGGGAGCGGGAGGAGCGGGAUCGGGCGCGGCGGGCGGAGCUGGCCCGGGCCCACGCUGAGGAGCUGCGGCGGGAGCUGGGGGAGCGGCGGCAGCGGCGGGAGCAGGAGAGGGAGGAGGAGCUGGAGGAGGGCCGGAGGCAGGAGGGGGAGGCCCGGCAGAGACGCCAGAACAUCGCCCGGCUCGGGAGGGUCAAGAUGCAGGAGCUCAGGUGGGGCAGGAGGGGACACUCGGGGAACGUCCUCCUCGAUCCCCUGGAACCCCCCGGGAGACCCCACCCCAGAUCCUUCCCUUCCCUCCGGAUCCUUCCCUUCCCUCUGCUCGGGUGGCUCAAGCUGCGGGAGCUCAG